AUGCUUAAAACUCAAUUGAGAAAGAUGUCCACAAUUAAAUCAUAUCCUCAGGAGUUCGUUAAUUUCUUAAACAACUCACCAACACCAUAUCAUGCAGUUGCUAAUAUAAAGGAGCAUUUAUUGAACAAUAAAUUCAAGGAAUUGAAGGAAACUGAUACCUGGACUGGUGCUAUUGCUCCAUUGGGUAGAUAUUUUGUUACAAGAAAUAAUUCUUCUAUUAUUUCAUUCUGUGUAGGUAAUAAAUGGCAACCUGGUAAUCCAAUGGCAAUUACAGGUGCCCAUACAGAUUCUCCUGUAUUGAGAAUCAAACCAGUAUCUAAGAAGAGUAGUGAAAAGUAUCAACAAAUUGGUGUAGAAAUUUAUGGUGGUGGUAUUUGGCAUUCCUGGUUUGAUUCUGACUUAUCAAUUGCUGGUAGAGUAAUGGUUAAUGACAAGAAAACUGGAAAUGUUAUUGCCAGAUUAGUUGAUUUAAAGAAGCCUCUUUUGAAAAUUCCUACUCUUGCAAUUCAUUUGGAUAGAGAAGUUAACCAAAAAUUUGAAUUCAAUAAAGAAUCAGAAUUAUUACCAAUUGCUGGUCUAAAUAUUAAAGAUUCAAAAGACUGUUGUGGUAAGAAUAAAAAUAUUGAAGACACAGAAUUUUCAUCUAUUAAAUCGAUUAUUGAAAGACACCACAUUGAAUUACUAGAUUUAAUAGUUAAAGAACUAUCAUUGGAAUCUGUAUCUGAUAUCGAAGAUUUUGAAUUGAUCUUGUAUGAUCAUAAACCAUCAUGUCUUGGUGGUAUAAAUGAAGAAUUUGUCUUCUCCGGUAGAUUAGAUAACUUAACGUCAUGUUUUACAUCUAUGCAUGCAAUUACAGCCGCUGCUGAAAAUGGCUUGGAACAAGAAACUGGUUUAAGAAUGAUGGCAUGUUUUGAUCACGAAGAAAUCGGAUCCUCUACUGCACAAGGUGCCGAUUCAAAUUUCUUGCCAAACAUUUUAGAAAGGUUAAAUCAAGCUUCCACAUACUCUAGUGGAUCCAUACAAACUUCAUAUUUAUUAGAAUCAUCAGCUAAAUCAUUCUUUUUGUCAUCUGAUGUUGCCCAUGGUAUCCAUCCAAACUAUGCCAAUAAAUAUGAGUCCGAUCAUAAACCCCAAUUGGGUGCUGGUCCUGCCAUUAAAAUCAAUGCUAAUCAACGUUAUAUGACAAAUUCACCUGGUUUAGUAUUGAUAAAAAAGGUAGCUGAUGAAGCAAAGGUCCCACUUCAAUUAUUUGUAGUCAAGAAUGAUUCUCCGUGCGGAUCCACUAUUGGACCAAUUUUAGCUUCUAAAACUGGUAUUAGAACAUUAGACUUGGGUAAUCCGAUUUUGAGUAUGCAUUCAAUUAGAGAAACUGGUGGUUCAGGUGAUAUUGAACUGCAAAUUAAACUAUUUGAACAAUUUUUUGUUGAUUACUCAAAAAUUUAUGAAUCUAUUGUUGUAUAA